GGAAAAUUUGGUUUGAAGAAAUCUCUUGAUUCUUGAUGUGCAUUUAACUCUCAUUAUUUGUCUUUCACCAAACACACACAUAAUUCAAAGGCCAAGUCUUGAUCUAUGUCUUUCACAUUAACACUCCUUCUUGCAACAUGUUACCUAUAUGUUGUGAUGGUAGGGGCUGAAGAUACAUUAUUGUCACCACCGGAAGGCAACAUGACCUUUUUGGGUGGUACGAACUGGUGUGUUGCUUCACCUGGUGCAUCGCAAUCCGAUUUACAAAAUGCAUUGGAUUGGGCUUGCGGGUUAGGUAUGGCUGAUUGUAGUCAAAUUAAACCCGGAGGACCGUGUUUUGAACCUGACACGCUAUUUUCACAUGCAUCUUUCGCUUUCAAUAAUUACUACCAACAAAACGGGAAUUCCGAUGUUGCUUGCAAUUUUGGAGGGAGUGCAACUUUGACAAAGAAUGAUCCAAGCUACGGGAAAUGCAGCUACACCGCAUCUGGGCCAACAAAAUCAGAAGGGGCCUCUAUAUGGAAGUUAAAUUGGUGGAAAAGUGGUGGGAUUGUAUUGCUUUUGUACAUGGGAAGCUAACAUUGAAUUAGAAGUUGAAUUGGAACGAAUGUGGACAAGGAAAUUAGGCUUUUUUUGUAAUUUUGCAUAUUUAAAUACGUACCAGUUUACGCUAACCUUCAUUUCAUUGAUUA